AUGGCCAAUGGCACAUCAGUCACAGAGUUCAUUCUCCUGGGAUUUCCGGAACUUCAUAGACUGAAUGGAGCAUUUUUCGCCAUAUUUCUGUUGAUGUAUCUUCUGUCACUUACAGGAAACAGCCUGAUCAUCCUAGUUGUCCUCAAAGAACCUACGCUCCAUACUCCAAUGUACUUUUUCCUUGUCAACUUCUCCAUGGCCGAGAUCUGUUCCACAACAGCAGAGGUUCCCAAGAUGCUGGAAAACGUACUGUCAGGAAAAACCACCAUCUGCUUUGCAUGCUGCAUGGCACAAGGCUUUGUUGUCUUCUCAAUGGGGGCUGUUGAACACAUCACUCUUACCAUCAUGUCUUUUGACCGCUAUGUGGCCAUUUGCAAACCUUUGCACUACAAUACCGUCAUGACAAAUCAACUAUGCCUCCACUUGUUCUUGCUGGCUUGGGUUGGAGGGCUUACAGUAAUUAUUUCACAGUCCGCAGUUGUCUGGAGUUACCCAUACUGUGGACAGAAUGUAAUUGACCACUUCUUCUGUGAUGUUGGUCCUGUUUUGAAAUUAGCCUGUGCUGACACAACUUUGAUCGAGUUGAUUGGUCUCUUAUAUGGCGCUACUAUAAUGUGGGGCUCCUUUGGCUUUUCAUUGAUUUCUUAUACAUGCGUAAUAGCUACGAUAAUUCGGAUUCCAUCUGACACUGGGAGAUCCAAAGCAUUUGUGACAUGUGCUUCCCAUCUCACAGUUGUUUCUAUUUUCUACAUGAUUCUUAUGAUUAUGUACUUGAGACCUUCAACCCAAGGAGAUACAAAAGUCAACAAAGUGGUGUCUCUCGUGCGCACCAGUUUCAUACCCAUGUUAAACCCUUUCAUCUACACCAUCCGAAACAAAGACUUCAAAGCAGCAGCGUGGAAAAUACUGAGAAGAAAGUGUCUCAGUCUUUGA